CCAACUAUAAAAGGGCAUAGAGACUGAUGUUAAUGAUGAACCACACACACUACUUAAAUACAACUUUGUAACAUAUCAUCAUCAGAGAGAGAGAGAGGGGAAAAAUGAGUCUUGAAGGAAAAUUGGUUUCAGAGAUAAACAUAAAGUGUGAUGGAGAUGUGUUUCAUGAGAUUUUUAGGGAAAGACCACAUCAUAUCUCAACUAUGAGUUCUGAUAAAGUACAAAAUGUGGACAUUCAUGAAGGUGAAUGGGGUACCGUUGGCUCUGUCAUUUUUUGGAACUUCACACAUGAUGGAAAAGAAAAGGUUGCAAAGGAAGUAAUUGAAGAAAUAGAUGAAGAAAAGAAGCUUGUCAAAUUCAAAGUAAUUGGUGGAGAUAUAUUGGAAGCUUACAAAUCAUUUUACCUUACUGUUCAUGUUGAAACAAAGGGUGAAGACAAUUUAGUUACCUGGAUUUUGGAAUAUGAGAAGUUGAAUCCAGAUGUACCAGAUCCACAUACAUUAAUGGAAUUUUGUCUUCAUGUUACAAAAGAUAUUGAGACUCAUCACCUAACAGGGAAUUUAGUUUCUGAAAUAAAUAUUAAGUCUGAUGGUGAUGUGUUUCAUGAAAUAUUUAGGUACAGACCACAUCAUAUUUCUAGUAUGUCACCUGAUAAAAUACAAAAUGUAGACAUUCAUGAAGGUGAAUGGGGCACUGUUGGCUCUGUUAUCUUUUGGAACUUCACCCAUGAUGGGAAAGAGAAGGUGGCAAAGGAAGUAAUUGAAGAAAUAGAUGAAGAAAAGAAGUUGGUUAAAUUCAAAGUGAUUGGAGGAGAUAUAUUGGAGGUUUAUAAUUCAUUUUACUUCGUUGUUCAUGUUGAAACAAAAGGUGAAGACAACUUAGUUACUUGGAUCUUGGAAUAUGAAAAGAAGAAUGCAAAUGUGCCAGAUCCACAUACUUUAAUGGACUUCUGCCUCAAUGUCACCAAAGAUAUUGAGACUCACCAUCUCAACUGAUACAUAAAUAUUACUAUAUAUUAUAUUAUGUAUGUCUAUGUUGUUCGAACUCUUUGAAGAUAUCGUCGGAUAUAUAUUAUCCCAUGUGUGACAAUAUUUUAAAAAGGUAUGAGCAAUGUCUAGCAAAUGUUUGGAAUUAAGAUGUUGUCACAAGUUCUGUAAUAACGUGUGGUGUUAUUAAUGAGUGUGCUUUGAAGUGUCUACUAUAUGUAACAAGAAUAAAAAUAUAAAAGGGGAAAUGAGUGAAGAUGUAAUUUCUAAUUCCGUUGUGCAAUUGAAAAACAGUUUGUAUAUUUCUGUUGAAAAUAUUAAAGCUGUGCUUGAUGCUUUUAC